AUAAGGAAGAAUCUUACCUUGAGUGAUAGCAUAAUUUUUUCUGCCUCGUUUUCAGUAUUUUGUUCGAUGCUGGCUACGCAUUUCCUGAAAUAAAAUAAAACAAAUUGAGUUAUAACACGGGUAUCAUUAUGGAAUCUUUGAACUAAACAGUCGUAUUAGAGUGAAAAGCUGGAGGGAGAAAAAUAAUAAUUAAUGCAAUAUAAAUUCUACAUAACUGCACAGUGCACAUACAUAAAUUUAAGUUAUAUGCUCUAGAUUUCUAUUAUCUAACAUUACCUAAUGGUCAUACGAGUGAUAUGAUCUAUUUAUUCACCCUAUUAUAGAAUUCGAAGAAUGGGAAAAAGUGAGAGUUUCAAUCAUUUUUGAAUAUUUUGCUAUUAAUGCAUUCGACGAUAGAAAGAUGAACGAUAACGAAUAUCGGUAACAGACCCUGCACGACCGACAUUCUGUUCAACUUAUUUGCUAUUACUGAAUUUGCAGAUCAUUCACACUCCAUACAAUUUGUUUCAUCUUACAUUUGCGGCAUUUUUGCUACGAAUUUUUUUUUUAAAUAAAAACAAAACAAAACAAAACAAAGAAAACAAAAAAAAGUGUCCAUAUUUAUUUUUUUUUUAUUUCACUACAGUUAUAAAAAACAAAUUUAAAAAAAUUAAAAAUUACAAUGGCUCCAACCAUAAACAAAAAAUACCAAGAUUGGAAACUGAGCGGUCGAAUGACGUUUGCCUACAAGCUGCGGGGUGUGGUGAAUGUCGUCAAUCUAUCGUUGUGUUCGUGUUGGAUGUGUGGUGAAUGUCGUGAAUGUAUAAAUGUGUGCGUGUCAACGUCAUUUACCAACGUGGUGGCUCUCACAUAUAUUCACAGACAACAAUGUACACAAAAGGGUUUUGGGCAUAAACAAAAAAUACCAAGACUGGAAACCUUCGUACGUCUUUCCCCCCGAAACCCUUUUGUGUACAGUGCUGUCUGUGAAUAUAUGUGAAAGCCACCACGUUGGUAAAUGACGUUAACACGCACACAUUUAUAGAUUCACGACAUUCACCACACAUUUGACACGAACACAACGAUAGGUUCACGACAUUCACCAUACCUCGCAGCUUGUAGGCAAACGUCAGUUGACCGCUGAGUUUCCAGUCUUGGUAUUUUUUGUUUAUGGUUUUGGGGGGUAAGACGUACGAAGGUUUCCAGUCUUGGUAUAGUUUGUCGAUGGUCCCAACCAUGACUUGAACUCUCUUGGUCGUCCGAGUACUCUUCCUUCAGAACGUAGACACAGGGAUCGAUUAUACAGUUCAUUCGUCGAAUUCACUAAUUACAAAAUACACCGCGAAUCCAGUCAACUCCCCGGGAGGGAAUUCGCUAAUAGGCAUGAUUAUCUCCGUAAAGUAAAACUUAUCUCACAAAUAAAGUAGCAAAAAUUAAGAAAUCUAUAUUUUUUUACGUUCACUUAAUUUUUCUAUACGUAGAGCAAAUAAUCCUCUCGACAUCGAUUUCAUAACAGAGAUAUGCUGUCAUUUUUAUUAAGCCUAAGUGUGUGAAUUGCGUUUAUGUCCACCGCGUGGCAGUCACCUUGACGUUGGUGCGGUGGCUUGAGUUUCAAAGAUUCAUCUGAUCUACCGCGUUUGGGGAAACCUAAAUCGGCAGUAAUUUUGAGGAGUUACGACCAAGAACUGCCACCCCUAAUCCAAGGUGAUGUAACCGUGCCUAUUGGAGUAGUUUGCAGCCAGGGGUAUCCGGCUGUAUUUUAACGGUGCCUCUUUGAAACCGGGUCGAAUCAAAGAGUAUCAAGACCUUAUCUUAUCAUGCGGAGCUCUGAUAUGAUGGACUUUUUUUUUAUUCUCUAGCUUAACGUGGGAACUAACCAAAAAUACAUAAAAUGUCGAAAAAAUCUAACAACAACAAAAAUUUAAAAAAAAUCGUUGUCCAGCGGGAUGUCACCGCCAGCGAUUUAGCGAGUCAGAUGGAGAGAGAUCUCCAUGGCGACGACUCGAAACCGGGGUGCAGCAAAAAAGGUGCAAAGCCAAAGCAGCAUAAAAAGAACCGGUUAGCUCAAGGUGCGGUAUCAUCAGAAGCUAGCAGCGGGAGUAUCCCUCCUAAGGUAGUGGAAGAUGGUACUAGGGCCGAAGUAGAUGCUAAAGAUGGGAACAAACCAUCAGAAGCAGAAUCGACUCCAUCGACAAUAACCAUAAAAGCACGCACUAAUCCGAAUCCGGGUUCAGGUGGUCAAAACGACUCACUAUACCGUGAUUCGCUUAGUGGAGCGAGCAAGAAAUGGUAUAGCAGAUUCCUGAGGCAAGGCUUGUCUCGGGAAGAAGCCAAGAAAAAGAUGGAGGAGAGAAAGCUAGCAAAUUCAAGCGAACCACCCAAAAGCCAAGACCAGGGUAAACGGAAGAGCAGCCAAAUAACUCCUCCUCAGAGACAAGAAGUUAAAAAGCCCAGGACAAAUGCAACUGUCGAAACGGGACUUAGUACCGUCAAGGCAGGUGCUGAAGCACUGGGCUUAAGCUAUGCAAGUGUGGCAACUGGAAUUAAGGUUGCUGUCCUACCUAAGGAUUUUCCCGAGGCAUCUCUCAGUGCUGACGAACUGUCAACACUGGAAGAGGCCAUAAUUGAGGAGGUGUCCUUGGGAUGGACACACAAACUUAAAUUCAAUGGACUGCAUUAUAGAACAGGCUUCCUUUUAGUCGACUGCGUAGGGCAACCUACAGCAGAUUGGCUAAAACUAAAAGCCUCAGAAUUGCAAAAUUGGAAGGGUACCGAAUUGAUGGCAUGCUUGGGUGACGAUAUCCCCAAAAUGCAGCACAUCACUGUAUUCCUUCCAAAAAGCAGUGGGCAAGAGGACAGGAAGUCAUUGGCUCUCAUCCAAGCCCAAAAUGAAGGACUGGCAAUCCAGGCCUGGAAGGUGCUCAAAAGCACGGCAGAAGGAAAGGGGCAACUGAUGGUGAUCAGCAUUGAUUCCAAGUCGACCGAGGCUAUAGUGAAGGCUCAACAUGAACUUCACUAUAAAUUCGGCAAAAUUGGUGUAUCAGGCCUAAAGAAACCAUCAGUGCCUACUACCUUGCAUAAGCCUGGAAACGUAGCACCCGAAGGGACCCAAGAGGUAGAAAUGUCAGAUGCCCCAAUUCCCAAAAGCAUCAUACGUCCUACCCGUUUUCCUACUAUAGAUUCCAAUCAACCCAAUGAAACCCAACCCACAAACUCCCUAACACCCCUACAAAACACCCAACAAUCCCUCCCAUCCGGCAGCCAGGCAGAUUCACUGGACGUCAUGGGUAUGGAAAAGGUUCGUCUCGACGAUGAGUUAGAGGGCAUGGACCUCACCUUGAGUCAAGCCGGGUCAGACGUGCUUCCUACUGAGGAGGAAGAAAACCAUCUGUUAGCAGAUGAGGGGGCAAUAGUCCCCAUCUGUUAAAC